CUUGACUUACAGCUGCCGAGACCAAUGAAUGCAGCGGCAGCGGCCCGGCCUCCCCGGCGCGCCCCUUCCCCGGGCUGUAGACGCCCCCCAGGCCCAUCCUUGCACCGCGCCGCAUAGAGCCGGCGACAGCUGGGUCCUCCGGGUCUUCACCUCGCUGUAGCCCAAGAAGUGGGCGCGUCCCCAAGGCCUGGGUGCUCGGCGUGCUUCCUUGUCGAUCCUGAGUCGCCCGCGAGGACUGCUGAGGCCGCAGGAGUGAUUGGAAGAACAAUGCGUAUGAGUCUUUGACAUCAUGAUGUACCUCCGGCAAAGAAAAGAGACAAAACCCGUAGAAGUUUCUGAGGAUUUUCCAUCACCAAAAGAAGAUGUGAAGUUGGAAAGGAAAUUGCCAUCUGGCUGUGCCUCUGGAAGGUUCUGGAAGAUCCUGUCCUCUGCAGUUGGCGCGACUGUGGCCCUUUGCAUUGGACUUCUCACAUCUGUUUACCUGGCCACCCUGCAUGAGAACGACUUGUGGUUUUCCAAUAUUAAGGAAGUAGAGCGAGAAAUCUCAUUCAGGACGGAAUGUGGACUGUACUAUUCUUACUACAAGCAGAUGCUGCAGGCUCCGACCCUCCUGCAAGGUUUCCAUGGCUUAAUCUAUGACAAUAAAACUGAAUCCAUGAGGACGAUCAACCUCCUUCAACGAAUGAAUAUUUACCAAGAAGUUUUUCUCAGUGUUUUAUAUAGAGUUCUCCCCAUACAGAAAUAUCUAGAACCUGUUUAUUUUUAUAUCUACACUCUUUUCGGGCUCCAAGCAGUCUACGUCACGGCCCUUUAUACAACCAGCUGGCUCCUUAGUGGCACCUGGCUGUCGGGACUGUUGGCAGCUCUCUGGUACAUCACCAACAGAAUAGAUACCACGAGAGUUGAGUUUACCAUCCCGCUGAGGGAGAACUGGGCUCUGCCUUUUUUUGCAAUACAGAUUGCAGCAAUUACCUACUUCCUGAGACCAAACUUACAGCCUCUUUCUGAAAGGCUGACACUUCUUGCCAUUUUCGUAUCGACUUUCCUCUUUAGCCUGACAUGGCAAUUUAAUCAGUUCAUGAUGCUGCUUCAGGCACUGGUGCUGUUCAUCCUGGACUCCCUGGACAUGCUGCCGGCCGUGAAGGCCACCUGGCUGUACGGCAUACAGAUCAGCUGCCUGCUCCUCGUCUGCACGCUUCAGUUUUUUAACUCCAUGAUUCUGGGAUCGCUGCUCAUCAGUUUUAACCUUUCAGUAUUAAUUGUAAGAAAAUUUCAGAAAAACCUAAAGACGGGAUCCUUCCUGACUAGAAUCUGGAAACUGUUGUUGCAUCUGCUUCUCGUUUGUUGUUUGACACUUUUUCUCAACAACAUUAUUAAGAAAAUUCUUAACCUGAAGUCUGACGAACACAUCUUUAAAUUUCUGAAGGCUAAAUUUGGGUUUGGAGCCACAAGGGAUUUCGAUGCAAAUCUCUAUCUGUGUGAAGAGGCCUUCGGCCUCCUGCCCCUCAGCACAUUCCAACGGCUCUCGGACACACUACUUUUUUACGCAUACAUGUUUGUCCUGUUGGUCACAGUGGUCACAGCAUCCGUCGUGGCCUUUCAUAAUCUCAGCGAUCCCGCAAGUCUGCAGUCCGAGGCUCAGACAAGAAAGCGUGCGGUUGACCUGAAGCCAGAGGCCGCGUACAACCUGAUCCAUACCAUUGUGUUCGGGGUCUUGGCGUUGAGCACGAUGAGGAUGAAGUACCUGUGGACCUCCCACAUGUGCGUGUUCGCGUCCUUCGGCCUGUGCAGCUCUGAGAUCUGGGAGCUUCUUCUGAGGCUGGUUCAUCUCUGCAACCCAAAGAGGAUCUGGGUCAUGCGGUACUCGGUGCCCGUCCUCACACUGCUGUACCUGUGCUGUAAGUCCUGGCCAGGAAUGAUGGAUGAGCUCUCCGAGUUGAAAGAAUUCUAUGACCCAGAUACAGUGGAGCUGAUGAACUGGAUUAACGCCAACACCCCGAGGAAGGCCGUGUUUGCUGGAAGCAUGCAGCUGCUGGCUGGAGUCAAGCUGUGCACAGGACGGACCCUAACCAACCACCCGCACUACGAAGAUAAGAGUCUGAGGGAGCGGACGCAGGCGGUUUAUCAGAUAUAUGCAAAGAGGCCCCCAGAGGAAGUGCACGCACUCCUGCGGUCCUUUGGUGCUGACUUUGUGAUCCUGGAAGACAGCAUCUGCUAUGAACGCAGGCACCACAGGGGCUGCCGGCUGCGGGAUUUGCUGGACGUCGCCAACGGACAUGAGAUGGACGGGCCAGGGGAGAGUGACCCUGACUUGAGACCAGCAGACCACCCUCGCUUCUGCGAAGAGAUUAAAAGGAACCUACCCUCCUACUCAGCCCACUUCACUAGAGUGUUCCAGAACAAGACAUUCCAUGUCUACAAGCUGUCCAGAAACAAAUAACCACGUCCAUUCUUAAAAGCACAGCACAUCUACAGCUGGUGGAGGCCGUGUCUGUGAGUCAGGAGCGGGACUUGAAUGCAGACGGCCAGCAGACAAGUCCCGCGCCAUCAUCGGAAAUGCCUCCCGCUAACGUCAGCCUGUUCUGUCCUGUCUCUGUCUUUACUGUGAGUGUUCUUAGUCUCACAGGCAUACCUGCCCAAGGCUGGCCAGGGACUUUGUCGCUGAGGGAAUUAUACGUGACCCACUGGGUGGCCUGGGACAUGAGAGCCUGUCUGAGACCUGAAUACUUGUGAUUUCCAGUGACCCGGAGCCAGCUGUGAGCGAGCGGAGUUAACAGGCUGCACAGUUCAGUUACUGACAUUUCUUCACCACCGAGACCGUUGGUGGCUUUUUAACAGUUUGUUGUCCUGUCUUGUUAGAAUUUUAUAACAUUUCCAGUUUACCAUGCUUUCACACAUGUGAAGAAACAAAUUACUUUUGGUCUUUGAACCUUAAAUAUUCCAUUUGUGCCCUCAGAUGUCACAGGUACAGUAGUGUGUGACACAUUUAAAGUGUGUGUUUGUUUUCAUUCUGGGCACAGCAGUCAGGGUGCUACCGGGCCGGCAUGGUGACACACUCCUGUAAUCCCAGCAUUCGCAGGCAGGGGCAGGCAAAUCUCUUCGAGAGUUCGAGGCCAGCCUGGUGUAUAUAGUGAGUUCUGGGCCAGCCAUGGCUAUGUAAAGAGAUCCCGUCUCAAGAAAGCAAAGUGUGUCGGGGCUUAUACUAGAAGUCUUUGAAGGGAAUCACUCAUGCUUUUUAAUCUCUCUUGCAAGUAAAAUAGUUUUGCUUUACUUCUUAUUUCAAUUUACUGGGUUUGCAAAACUUGGUAAACUUUUUGUGUUUUUAGCCUUUGUAUUUUUUCAUAGCCUAGAAACUUGCAAAGUGGGAGGUGUUUAGAUGCCGCACCUUGACUCCGAGAGUUCUGUGUGGCUUUUCAUACUCUUUGACUUCAGGCUCCAGCCUUCCUUCUCAGCCCUGGAGAGGUCGAUCGCAUCCCUCCCUAGGAGGCGACCAGGGGCCUCCACACCGCACUCGUUUGGAAGCAGCGGAGAGGGCUGGUGUACCUGCUCAGAGCUUUUGAUAAUUGCUUUUAUAAUUCAUUUCUAAUGGUGGGGGCAUGUAAAGGCUGCUGAUACAGGCGCAUUGUCCACUUAAUUAAAUCAAGAUAGCUAAUGAAAUUAACUUUCCCCACCGCCCUUGCCAUUUGGAAGUGAUUUAAAUGUUUCUCCUCACACGCCAGUGUAAUAAAUCCCCUGGAGCAGCGGCCGGAGAGCACCUCGUGCUCUGAAGAUCCUGGUUUGGCUGCUGCUUAAGUAGCGUUCAAACGUACUCCAUUGUCUCAGCAGGCCGGGGUUCUUAUGUAAAACUCACUUAAAGAAGACAUCGACAGCUAGGUUAUUAAAUUAAGCCGUUGGAACUUUGGAAUCCUGCCUUCUCUGGACUCCUUAAUGGGGUUGGAGACCACUGCAGUUUGGACUAACCACACAAGGAAAUGUGUUUGCCUAUGCUAAAGGUUUAAUGAGCCUGCAGUGCCCAUCGCCACCAAUGAUGGAGCAUUCUGGGCAGGAGCCUUACUCUUAAGGGAGAGCAAGCGCGGGUAAGGCACAAAGCGCGGGGACCCGGUGACAGGUACUCUGUGGUGAGUUUGCAUUCAUCGUAAACAUUCCUGUGUGCAUUCGUCUGAUCACUUGGUGUUUGGCGUCUUGUGAUCCAAGCGCCAUGGACUUAAACUGGGAUGCACAUCCUUACCCAGGUACCAUCCAUGCUAGCCGGCGCUCCGUCUCCACAGCACCAUUGCUGCCAAACCACAAUGAGAAGUGCCAAAAACCAGUCUUCCCACAGGCGCUCUCCCCGGGACACUGUGAUAAUGUACAGGACAAUGUUAGAACAAAUGUUUUCUUUAAAAAAUAAAUUAUAUAUUUAAAAAAUUUUUAAUAUUUGAUUAAAAUAAUUAGACUUUAUCCAUCUUGUAAAAUACUGCCUCGGUAUCCCCCCAUAGCUCCGCUCACUGUCUGCAGCAACCUGGCCACGAAAUCUUGAAACUCCUCACCUGGACCCUGCCUGAUUUUAGAUAAACCCUCGGUCUGCCCCCCGUGCAGAAGGUAGCUCCCCCGGGCUUUCUCACCCGCAACAUUAACUUGUUCAUCAACAGCUGCAUCAAAAUAUAAGUGCUGUGCCCUCCGUCUGGAGAUACUGUCCUUCUGCUAGCUUCUCAAAGCAAUCGGUAUCUGUUGUGCUUGAUUGAUCUCGGCAGGGUUUUGACACUGCUCAGCAAAUUCUGAUUUCCAUAACAAAAAAAUCUCCUCCUGAUAAGCACACCCUUGCCAGUUGUUUCCAGUCCCCAGAGGGAUGAUUCCAGAACGGCCUGAGGAAAUGGGGCUUUGGGCCUGUGUAAGGCAGUCUUUAAUUCCUUUAACUGUUUAAACAGAAGGGGUUGAUGAACUCUGACUCUGUUACCUUGAGGGUUGACCUGUUCUAUAACUGGAGAUGUAAAAUGAAAUCCCUGAACAUCCCCCCCACCCUCUUCAGGGUCAGACUGGCUCCUCCCCACUGCUACAGCCCGCGGCUCUGCCUCCUCCUCUGCACACUCGGGGUUUUACUUGCCCUCAGCUAGGGAAUCCACUCUGAUGGUUCCGAGAUCUCCCCCUCGAACUUGCAGAGCCUGCAGGUUUUGCACUUGCACAGACAGCAAGCAAAGUAAAAGCAUUUUGCAGCUGUUGGAUUUUCUCUGUAACUAACUUGUCCUUGAAAGCACUUCUGAGUUCUUUGAAGGCAACAAGUGGCAAAGAAUUCUCCUCCCUAUACAUCUAGCAGCUUCCUCUUCCAGCUGCACGGUCAUCUAGGGUCUCCUCCUAAAGGGGAAGCUCAGCCCCGCAGUGGUGGCGCACGCCUGUAAUCCCAGCACUUGGGAGGCAGAGGCAGGCGGAUUUCUAAAUUUGAGGCCAGCCUGGUCGUCAACACAGUGAAUUCCAGGACAGCCAGGGCUACACAGAGAAACCCUGUCUCAAAAAAAAAAAAAAAAAGGUGGGUGAGC